GAAGAAGCAGGCGGACACACAGCUGCCGCUUCAAUACACCUUCAUCAUACUGACGCCGCUGCUGAGUAUUGGAAUGGACGGAUUUGUGGCCUUCAUAAGGAGCGGCGUUCCCACCGAAUGUCUGGUCUCCUACGGCUUUAGCGUUGUGCUGGGUGUCUUGCUGUGCUGGGCAGCUGUGGUAGUUCGUAUGGGGGUCUUUCUUUGCGAUCGCUUUGCCGCCCCAUGCGCGAGUGGCCUCUGCGAUUACCUGCAAAGUGUGGCAAUCUUCCUGGUCUUUGUGGUCGCCAUCUUCGCUGGUGUUGGUAUCGGCGCGGGUUCCUACACGAGAGGCACGGGUCCUGCUUUCUCGUG